CACCGACCUGAACUGCCAAUACUGUCGUGCUUUUAUUUUGACAAACUGUCGUGCUCUUAUUUUGACUUUCACGUUAUAAGUAAUAGAAACACGGUUGCCGUGGUAACCACAGUGCCCACAGUUACCAUGGUAACCUGCAGAGGGCAGCAGAGCCGUGCGUGUAUUUAUCUGCAGAAGAAGAAACGAGCUCCGGACCGGAAGCGGCGGCGGUGGAUCACGGAGCGUCACGUUGUCCCGGUGAGUUCAUCCGGUCAGCGCGUGGAAGAACAUGAUCAGCUGAUUACCGACACCCCGGAAGUGGCGCUCACUGUAGCAGUCGGCUGUCACGUGGAUCUUCUGUGUCACGUGGACCCGUUCCGGACCGGUCCGGGUUUGUCUUGCACACAUGUCGGUGCAGCUGUGCUGCUUGUCGUUCCGGCAGCCGUACGCUGGUCUGGUUCUGGACGGGGUGAAGACGCUGGAGACCCGCUGGAGGCCUGUGCUGGCCCCGCUGGAGAACCGGACCCUGGCAGUCCACAUCGCCCAGCGAUACUGGGAGGGGGAGGAGUGGAGGGCGGUGCUGAGCGGCCCGCUAGGAAUGAACCGGGCCCAGAUUGAAGCGCUGCUGCAGUCUGGAGAGCGGUUCGGCCGCGGUGUGGUGGCAGGGCUGGUUGAUGUGGGAGGGACCUGGCUGUGCCCCGCCUCCCUGCAGGGGGAGGAGCUUCGUCACCUGGAGCAGUCAGCCAUUCUGAUUGGUCUGCAGGAGAAACACUUGACUCACCUGUCCAACCCUCGCUGGCUGAAGGAGCCGCUGAGCGCACGAGGAGGUCGCGACCUCUGGACUGUGGAGAUCCCUGCAGAGCUGUUACCAUGACGACUGCUGAACUACACAUGCUUUGUUAUGCUGCCGCUCAUUACAGGGUUCUGGUUCUGGUUCUGACCCUGUUUGGUUAAUAAAGGUUGUUUUGUUAGACUCUG